GGCUCGCUCCGACCCGAACCUGGAGCUGUCCUCGCCCUUUCGGGCCGCCGCCUAUUCCCGGUGCGACGCAGGGUUUCUGUACGCGCCGCGGGUCCUGAGCAUCGCCUUCCAGGUACAGGUUCCCCAAAAAACAAGGAACAUGGAAGAAUCUGCAAACCAGUUGCAGCCACUGAGUGAGACUCAAGUAGUUAACUCAGAGGGCGGAUAUGUAUGGCAGGUCACCGACAUGAACCGGCUGCACCGCUUCUUGUGUUUUGGCUCUGAAGGUGGCACGUACUAUAUCAAAGAACAGAAGCUGGGCCUUGAGAAUGCUGAAGCCUUAAUUAGACUGAUUGAAGACGGCAGAGGAUGCGAAGUGAUCCAGGAAAUCAAGUCCUUUAGUCAGGAAGGCAGGACUGCCAAACAAGAGCCACUGCUGUUUGCACUGGCCAUUUGUUCCCAGUGUGCGGACAUAAACACAAAGCAAGCAGCCUUUAAAGCUGUCCCUGAAGUGUGUCGCAUUCCGACCCACCUCUUCACUUUUAUCCAGUUUAAGAAAGACCUGAAGGAGAGCAUGAAGUGUGGCAUGUGGGGUCGCGCCCUCCGGAAGGCAGUGGCAGACUGGUACAAUGAAAAAGGCGGCAUGGCCGUGGCGCUGGCGGUUACAAAGUAUAAACAACGAAACGGCUGGUCUCACAAAGAUCUCCUCCGACUGUCCCACCUUAAACCUUCCAGUGAAGGACUUGCUAUUGUGACCAAAUAUAUUACAAAGGGCUGGAAAGAAGUUCAUGAACAGUAUAAAGAAAAAGCGCUUUCUGUGGAGACUGAGAAGCUACUAAAGUACCUGGAGGCUGUGGAGAAAGUGAAGCGUACAAAAGAUGACCUGGAAGUCAUUCAUCUAAUUGAAGAACAUCAGUUAGUUAGGGAACAUCUGCUGACAAACCACUUGAAGUCUAAAGAGGUAUGGAAGGCUUUGUUACAAGAAAUGCCCCUGACUGCGCUACUGAGGAACCUGGGAAAGAUGACUGCUAAUUCAGUGCUUGAACCAGGAAAUUCUGAAGUAUCUUUAGUAUGUGAAAAACUGAGCAAUGAAAAGCUGCUCAAAAAGGCUCGUAUACAUCCAUUUCAUGUUUUAAUUGCAUUAGAGACCUACAGAACAGGCCACGGGCUCAGAGGAAAACUGAAGUGGAUUCCAGAUAAAGAAAUCUUACAAGCUUUAGAUGCUGCUUUUUAUAAAACAUUUAAGACCGUUGAACCAACUGGGAAGCGCUUCUUGCUCGCUGUUGACGUCAGUGCCUCUAUGAACCAGAGAGUCUUGGGUAGUGUACUCAGUGCUAGUACUGUUGCCGCAGCAAUGUGCAUGGUGGUUACACGGACAGAAAAAGAGUCUUCGGUGGUUGCUUUUGCCUGUGAUAUGGUUCCGUUUCCAGUGACUACAGACAUGACAUUACAGCAGGUUUUAACGGCAAUGAAUAAAGUUCCAGCAGGCAACACGGAUUGCUCUCUCCCAAUGAUCUGGGCCCAGAAAACAGGCACAGCCGCAGAUGUCUUCAUUGUGUUUACUGAUAAUGAGACCUUUGCGGGGCAGGUGCAUCCUGCUGUUGCCCUGAGAGAGUACCGAAAGAAAAUGGAUAUUCCUGCUAAAUUGAUUGUUUGUGGGAUGACAUCAAAUGGCUUUACCAUUGCAGACCCAGACGAUAGAGGCAUGUUGGAUAUGUGUGGCUUUGAUACUGCGGCUCUGGAUGUAAUUCGGAAUUUCACGUUGGAUGUCAUUUAACCCUGAGUACCAGAAUGAUCUGAGAGGGGCACUGCUGUAGUGGUUUUCAUUGAAAAUACGCAGCUACUUCCCAGCUAGACACAGUAGUAAAAAAUGUCAUCAGUAUGUGCAUGAUAGAAAUGCACUUUGGCAAGAACAGAAGGAAGGAGGCAAAUGUUGAGCCCAAAGGUGCAUGUACUCAGCUAGCUCUUGAGAAGCCUUCGGGAUACUGUAGCUUCCUCUGUAGAGAACUUCGUUUCAAUAGACACUGUACAAUAGUGGUGUUGUACUUAACUGGAUCACACCUUUGUACUGAAAGUGAGAUACAGAGUAUAAGUAGCCUCACAUCAUGUCACUUGUAUGAGAAGUGUUUGUUUUCUUAAAUGUCUUCAUUGGAAAAGGACAGUUUUAAUAAUGUCCAAAUACUCUGAGGUGCACUAGACCAUGUGACUGUGAUGGAAAUGAACCUCACCAGGUAAAUUUUUAUACAAAGGGGUUUAAAAAAAAAAAAAGACAUUUGGUUAAACUAAAUUAUGAAUGAAUUUUACAAAUUCAGAGUUUUCUAAGAUCAUAUGAACAACAGCUUUCUUACUCAAUGAAAAAGAUGUUUUCCUUCAGAUGUUUCAUUUGUACUUGUUAGGAUUUGUUACUAUUUUGGCCAAAACAGGGUGGAAAUCCCUAAGGGACUUGUUGAGUUUAUAUAGGCUGAGGAAUUUGCUUUGUAGCCUUGUGUUAGCUGAACAACAACAGUGUAUCAUGCACUUCCGCUUUCCUGGGUGUUUCAUGUAUUUAACUCCCCUGUCCAUAAUCCUGACAGUGUAACAAUUAAAACUCUACUGUAAAGACAUAGCUUUUCUGUACCCCUAAAAUACCUUUAACUAAUUUUCAUAUUUUUCUAAUAUUAAGUUGGUCUGAAGUCUUUUAAAUUUUUGCCCCCUAUGCAUUUUGUGUCUAGUUUCUUUUUUGAUAGAGUAGAGAAAUAAUACAGCCAGCUAGAUCCUUCGAGUUCAAAGGCAAUUUUAGAGUAGCCAUAUCAACCAAUCAGUGUAUGUAGAAAAUCUAAGAACUGAUUUUGUAUAAAUUAAACUUCCUUUUCACCAUACUAAAAUACAUUCUUUUCUUGAGCAAUUACAUGUUAUCACUGGGAAGCUUAGCAUGAGAAUGGCCUAUUGAAACACCAGUAGUUUUUCUCUUGAUUCAGUAAUGGUAUCUAAGGUAGUUUAUACUAAAACUCUCAUUUUUAUGUAUUACUCUUUAAAUAUUAAAGGUUUACUGGGGGCGUAUAAAGCCCUUUCAGAACUAGUAUGUGUAGGUUACAUACCCUUUUAAGUGUUUAGGGGGUGAAGUUCUUUUAUUUGGGAGAGAAAGGGGCUUUGCUAGUGUGAGGAUUUAUGUACAUAUUUUCUUUCCUAAGAAAUUUAGUCUCAGAGAAUAAGAAAAUGUUCCCUUCAGGUGAUUUGACAUUAAUGAAGUUUCAUAUGUAGCCAUUCCUCCAAGACAGUAACAAAUUUUCAGUGUUAUUAGCAAAGAUAGUAUCAGCUCCAGUUCUAAACACCAUUGCUUCUGAUGCUGUUCUGGCUUGACCACUGUCACAUUUUAACUAAUUCUGAUAUAUUAAAGUUUCAUGUUCAAAUUGAAUUUAAAGUUUUAAACCCUAGUAAUUACAUGAGAUCUAUUGAAUUUUUUAAACCCAGGAUCUAAGUUUUAAUAUGAUCUAACUUAUUAUGAAAUUUACAUGGCAUAUUAUAUAAAAGCUUAUUUCUUUUUUUUUUUUUUAAUGCUACUUAGAUAAUGCUUUUAGGCAAGCAGAGUAUAUCUAGGAGCUAGUAUUUAACCCAUCAGGGAAAUAAGGGUCACCUCCCGGUAGCCCUUCUACAGUAUAGGUAAACCUAAUUAAAUAGAUUAAGAUUGAAGACAGAGGCCAAGUGUGGUGAUGCAUGCCUUUAUUCCUGGGGAAACAGAGGCAGGUAGAUCUCUUAAGUUAGAGGCCAGCCUGCUCUACAUAGUGAAUUCCAGACCAGUCAGGGCUACUUAGUGAGACCCUGUCUCCAAAAAGAAAAAAAGGUUUAAGAGGCAGAGGCAGGCAUUUUUCUGAGUUCGAGGCCAGCCUGGUCUACAAAGUGAGUUCCAGGACAGCCAGAGCUAUACAGAGAAACCCUGUCUCAAAUUGCAAAACUUCAGAGUAGAAAGAAAAUUUAGAAAAAAAUGUAUUUGAUUGAUAAACAGAAACCAGUCUAGAUCUUCUGGAUGUGUGUGUUGGUUAUUUUGUUUUGUUUUGUGACAGGGUCUCUCUCCAUAGACAUAGUCCUAUUUUAGAGCUCACUGUGUAGACCAGGCUGGCCUUGAACAGAGAGCCUCCUGCCUCUGCCUCCCAAGUGCUAGGGCUAAAGGUGUGCAACACUAUGCCCAGGGUAAGGCUGGAUGGUUUUGGAGAGGGGUCUGCCUCUCUACUCAGAAUUCUGUCUUUUAGUCUCUCAUCCAUGGGGCAUGUUGACUUAGUAAGAGAAACAGUAGAAUUAUGAAGCCUUUUACCUAAUUUAGACGUUAGGAAUUGAUGAUAUGCAUGAUUACUUUAGAAACCUGUGAAGGUGUGUGAUUUUUUUCUUGUUUGUUUGUUUUGAUUUGGAGUAAUUCUCAAACACAAUUAUGUCUCUGCAGCCUAUGUUGCUAUGGAAUCUAGCCACAUAGAAAGGCAUUAUUACCUCAUUAAGCAUAGGACACCCUCAAGUGGUAAACAAGUUUUAUUUCCAAAUUACCACUAGAGUGACUCUUAAGUAAAUAGUAUGGAAAAUACUGCUUUAAAAAGCAAUCUUAAGAACCUUAAGUAUCUUUUCUUAAGAUACUAUGUAAAUAUUUCUAGGAUUUAGUUGUAACUAAUAACACAAAACACUAAUCUUUUCAUCUCACUGUUUUUGAUUAGUGGAUAGUCCAUCCACGUAUUAAAACUGUUACUUAGUAACUGUUUUCAGGGUGUGUUAGGAAGGGAUAUGCUAGUAAGUAGAACGUACUCCAUCCUUUGGAGCUUCUUGGGUUUUUUUCAUGUGCUGUGUCAUUAUGGACAACCAGUUCAACAUAUGUGGUAAAAUUCUGCUCUCCUACAAAUUCAUGUAUCUUAGUCUCAGAUCAUAGAAGAACAAGCUGUUUAAUAUUUACUGAAUAUUGAGAAUGGAAAGGAGGCCUUUCAUUACAAGUCCAAACUUCAUUUAUAAUUAUAAACACUAAGAUGUCCUUAUCCCUGAUAAAAAGGAAGAAAAUAUUAAAAAAAAAAAUGAAAGCAAAGCUCAUAGUCAAACUAGGACCAUGCUGUUACCAGCUUAUCUAUUACUGCUUAUAUAUUACUUUAUUUGAAUAACAAUAAGUCUACAGCAGACAAAAUGGCAGGUUGCUUCUCACUUUCCUAGACUUCGACAAGAAAAAUUAUACCAAUGUAAAUUUAAGAAUAUAAUGAUCUUUAGAAGCACAGUAAGUGUACAUCUAAGCAGGAAAUGAAAGCUAAAUCAUUGUAAAUUCUUGGAGUUAUUUUCCUGUGACCUAAACAUUUUGUCCCAAGGCAAGCAAGAUAGUCAUCGUGGGUAAAGACACUCACCACCAAGCUUGAUAAAUGGUUCCCAGUCCCUGGACCCCACAAUGUAAGAGGAGAAACCAGUUACUGCCGGUUGUCCUCUGUGCCAUGGCAUGCAUGGGCGUGUAAAAGUGAAGAAAAAAAAAGAUGCCGCAACAGAUUUGGUCGUUGUGUUGUUGUGUGGUGUGCUUGUAGUAAAAGUAUCUCAAGAUGCAAAAUCGUCUUGGAUUCCAUUGGUUUUGUUAGGGUACAAAUUGUCGUCUUAGAGAAAUGUCACACAGCCAGAAGGAAGGAUCAGCAAAGAUGACAGGUUCUUUGUGAGACAAGCCAGUGUUAACUCAGAAGUUAUUGUGUUCUCUUGAUACCUGCUCCAUCAUCUCUUCUUCCAUGGAAGAUUACUUCUCGCGCAUUUUUCUCUUUUGCAAAGUCUUCUCCCAUUUUUGUCUUUUUUCCUGUUUGAUCCAGUUGGGUAAUAAAUUGCAGGACCAGAAAGUCAUCCACAGUCAGGUUGGGGGUGAAUCUACUGCAGGUUGUUUUUUGUUUUAUAUAAAUUUAAGAGUAUAUUUUUCAGAGUUGGAGAGAUGGCUCACUGGUUAAAAGCACUGAGGGCCCAGGUUCAAUUCCCAGUACCCACAUGGCAGCUCACAACUCUCUGUAACUCCAGUUCUGGGGAUCCUAUACUACCACACAGACAUACAUGCAAGCAAAACACCAAUGUACAUAAAAAAUAAUAAUAAAUAAUUCAUUUUUAAAAAUUUUUUCCAAAUUACUGAAGUAAUAUCCGGAUUGAUAUGUUCUUUGCCCAAAUCAAGUCAUGUUGUAGAUAUUCCAGAAAUGUUAUAGCCAUUCAAUAAGGUCAGUUAUUCAGAAUCUGUAUAAUCAUUGAUAAACACUGAAAAGAGAACCGUUAUACUAUAUAUGCAAUCUAAUUGACUGCAAUUUCAGUAAGUGACACAUAUAUCCUCUCAGUUCUAUAAUUACACUCCUAGUUUACAAAGUCUUUCAACUAAGUGUCUGCCCAUGCAUGCAUACAUAUAUGUACCCUGAACUUACAAAAAGCCUUAUAAUGACUUACGUUGGCAUUCAGUAUCUUACUGGUAACUAUUUACUCUUUUGAAAAAAAUCACUAUGAAAUUUAAAGUUGAUUUGAAAAUAUUUUCAUAUAGAAAACUAAUAAUGUAACUAAGAAUGCUAUUUGAAUAACAUUAUAACAGAUGACACAGUUUUCCUAAACCCUAAAGUAACAAGAGAUAUUAGAAAAAAAGGGAAAGGAAAAUCAAUGAGAUUCUAUUCCUAGAAUUGUGAUUAUUUUCACUCAGCAUUUGUAAAUAUAAUGAAGAUAAACAAAAGCUGUUUCAUAUCCUUCAGAGAUAUGUUUGCCUUUCUACUUUAUCCCUGCCUUUAAUCAUCAGAACUUUGUGAACACAGGUGAACUUUCAUUUUAAAAUGUUUGAACUUCUGUACCGUGUAUAAGUUAGCAGAAUCUGGAUUAAAAAAAAAAAAAA